CCGGGCGCGCCGUGCUGUGGGUGCGUGGGUGCGCGUGGGUGCGAGUGUGUGCGUGUCCCUGCGCUGCCGGCACACGGCGGAGCCGCCGGCGGGAGGAGCCCGGCCCGGCGCUGCCCGCCCUCCGCCCGGCGUGGCUGGUCCCAGAUAAACAUGCCAGGAGCGCUGCGGGCAGCGCGGCAGACUCUGCCCUGUUAGCCCGGGGUGCCCGGGGGGGCUCAGCCAUGAAUUCCUCCUCCCUCGCCCCCGGGGCCCCCCCCGGCCCUCUGCAGCUCUGGCAGGAGGAGAACCAGACCCAAGGUGGGCUCUGGAACGGGAGCCAGGAGCUGGGCUGGGAAGAACUGGAGAAGAUGCUCUUCCUCUUCGUGAAGGAGCCCGUCACCAUCAGCCUCACGGCAAUGUACCUGGUGUCCUUUGUGGUGGGCUUUGUGGGCAACAUCAUGUCCAUCAGGGUGCUCACCCGCAAGCGCCGGAGUCGGGUGUCCAGCCUGAGUGCCACCCGCAGCCUCCUCAUCAACCUGGCGGUGUGCGACCUCAUGGUGGUGUGUGUCUGCAUGCCCAUCACGGUGGGCAACCUCAUCUACAAAGCCUGGGUGUACGGGGACUUCCUCUGCCGGGCAGUGCCCUUCAUCCAGGCUGUUUCGGUCUCUGCCAGCGUCCUCAGCCUGACCGUCAUCAGCGUGAACCGGUACUACAGCGUGCACAAUCCACUCAACGCUCGGUCCUUCUUCACCCAGAAGAGGAUCCUUAGCACCAUCCUAGUGGUGUGGUUGUUGUCCUCAGGGAUAUGCAUGCCCCUCAUCUUCAUGAACAAACGGGAUGAGAUUGGGGUAGUGGAGGGUUUGCCUCUGGUGUUUUCCAUCUGCAGGGAGAUUUGGCCUCAGGAGAGGCUCAAGCAAGCCUACAACUUUCUGCUCUUCUGUGCCCUCUACUGCCUGCCAGUCCUGUUCAACAUGGUCAUCUGCUUCCUCACGGUGCGCCGGCUGUGGAGCCGCAGCAGCCAGCUGAAGGAGAGCACUGCCCUGAACCGAUCUCUGCCAGCCUCCAGGCUGAAGAUCCGGAAGAAGGUAGCGCAGAUGGUGGUGGCCCUGGUCCUGCUGUUCGCAAUCUCCUGGCUGCCUGUCUACCUGAUGGACAUCUGGAUUGAUUUCAACAUCCCCAAAUCCUUGCAGGAUGUAACUCCUUCUCCUUGGAUCCUGCAGCUCAGACCUUUUGCCCAAUGGCUUGGCCUCACCAAUUCCAGCCUCAACCCUAUAUGCUAUUGCUUUGUUGGGAACCUCUACAGGUCAGCCAAGGAAAUGAAGAGCAAAUACCACCAAAGAAUGGUCUCUCUCUUUAACUUCUCUUUGUCCGAAGGGACAACCCAUUCCUCAGUCCCAGAGCUGCUCUCUUACCAGAGUUCAAUGGAGCCUGAAAGGAAAGGACCCACUGCCACCCCCACCAUGGGCAGGAGAUGUCAGGGAGGUCACGGCCAUAAGAACAAGUGUGGACGCUUGAACUCCUGCCAGCAUCCACCUCUGAACACUGUCUCCAGUGAGAACACUUCCUUGUAAUUCUGCUCAGGAAGGGCACCUCAUACCCUCAUCUGCGUUUAACGACUCUAGAGAUCUUUCUGAACCAGAUACUCUAAUGAUGGAAAAAAACUUUCUUCUAACCACUCCCACCACCAGUUCAAAAAGACUGAGACAGGGAAAGAAGUAAAACACGAGAGAAAAAGAUGACAUAUUUUAACACAGAUCAAGUUUUAAGGGAAAUGAUUUUUACUGGGGACACCUAGAUGUGUAGCCUGUUUCCCAGUCAACGGUCACAUAAUUAGAUAGAUCAAUUUCCCAACAAGGGAGCUCUCCCCAUAGCUCCAUCUCUGGAUGCAGAGAUGCCAUGUGGAUACAGCAACAAUUUGACGGCUUGCUGCUGCUCACCCUUUGCUGAUGAAAAGUAGCGAUAAGAGGCACUCUCUGCUCCAAAUCCAUCGGAUGUAGGUGCAAGCAGUGAAGAAAUGCUAGAAAGAUCAUCAUAGAAAGUAAUAGUAGCAGAGAAUUUCACACACUUUACCACUAGAGAUUUCAUUGUCUGAUCGUAUUGUUUCACACCUCCAUGCAAAUAAAUUCUCCUGAUGUGAAGAAACAGUGCCAGAAGUACUAAAGCAACCACCACCACUCCACAUUUGGGAAUUCAGAAGGUAUAAUGUGGCCUUGGAGGUGAUUUAGGAAAUGCGGUAGCAAAAGACUCUUUGGGCAUCAGCUCUCUUUCUUACAGCUAUGUUCCUGCGGGUGGAGUGGAAAACACCAGGCGUCUAUUAACAUGAUUUGCACUUGAAAAACCAGCUCUUGUUCAGCUGUGUCUGUACCAAACAAAGUGAAUGGCAUGUGAAA